AUGGCGUCGACACGUGCGGUUCAAAUUAAUGAACUUUUAUUUUAUUUGUUCAAUAAUUUAAGCUCGUUGGAAAAUGUUUCUUUUAUAAAUAGUGUGAAACAGUUCUAUAAUUUAGACGAAUUUAAUACUGGUAAAAAAGUUCUUCUGAAUGAUCUGGAAAACUCCAAAACGGAUAAUUCUUGUUUUAAACUUACACAGAGAGCUAACAACAAAUAUGACAAGUUGUUAGACAUUAUUGAUAUUGUUAAAUUUUGCACGGACAAGAAAGUGGAUUUACCAACUUAUGUCGCUGCAGAUUUUUCGAAAAUCCCGGAACCAAGAUUAGAACAUUUUCUGAAUUUAUUUGAAUUAAAAUUUAAAUCAUUGAAAACUAAUUUAAAUAAACGUAUAACGGAGAUUGCACAAAUAGCAAAUAACCUAAAGUUGAACAAUUCUACUGUGCACUCUCAGCAUGUCGUUCCAAUAACGUUAAAUGCACGCGACAUAAAAAAUAAUACUUCAAAUCUUUGGUCUGAUAAAGUUAUGCAAGAAAAAUUAAUUGAUACUGAUGAAGUUAUUCAAAAAAAUUUAAUUGAUCUCAAAUUCUCAAAUUUUCAAAUUCUCAAAUCUCAAAUUCAAAAUCUCAAAUUUUCAAAUUCAAACUCAAAUUCAAAUUUAGUUCUCAAAAAACUUUACCAAUGGAUGCUGACGAUGCCAGGUCAACCUAGUAAUAACGAACCUGCUAUGAAACGCUCGUCGAUAAAAACCUUUGAUGCUGGCAACAACUGUCCUUUAAAGUCCUCUAAGACAAUUGAAAAAAGAGCUACGUAUUACUUAGGAAAUGUCGAAUCUUGCAAAAAAGAGGUUAUCGAGAAUCUUCUGAAAAGCAAUAAUAUUUUAUUCAUACACUGCUUUCCAGUUUUUCGCAAACGCAAAACUGACGAUGCAACUGAAUUCGAUAAAAAUACACAACAACAGUCAACAGCAUUUUAA